GAACACGGCGCGCGUUCGGACGCCGUAAACAAAAGCACGUGUUCCUUCCUUUCCGGACUUUUCUAGAGAGCUAGCGAAUAUAAACAGAAAAAAAGUGCAAAAUACAGCCUAAAAUCCUAUAAGAUAAGAGAAAAGAAGACGCAGAAUAAGGUUGUAGGAUCACAUUGAAGAAGAAAGAGUGUAAAAUCCAAUAAAGGGAAAAAGAAGAAGAAAAAGAAGGUCCUCUCGCGCGCCGCAAAGACCUGUCUGGCCUCUCGUAUUUCGAACCAAUUGCUGUAGUUAAUCUUUCAGAGAUGGAUAUGAAGGAAAUAGAUGCGUCACUGAAGGCUAUCUUUAAGGCCGAUCCAGACUUCUGCCCAGCAUGUGGUGCCAUUCUCGCCCUCCCCAAGUCAGGAAUGACUGUGACUUGUAAAGUGUGCAAGUAUUCCAUAUGCUUUAGUGAUCUCAUUGGUCAAGAAACAACGUACCAUUUUGACUUCGUUCCUCUGGGUACUUACUUGACACAGAGCUUUGUGGAUGAAGAGGAGGAGGAACUGGGCCAGAUGGACAGUGGGAGAGAGUGCAGUAAGUGCGGUAAUGUUGGCAUGUCGUACACCACCAUGCAGUUGCGGUCAGCAGAUGAAGGACAGACUAUCUUCUACAUAUGUCCCAAGUGCAAGCACAGAGAGGUGGAAAACUCGUAAAGGGUAGAAUCUUUGGAAAAUAGUAAUAUGUGAAGAAGAAGAAUAUGUGAUCAAUAAAUGGAAUGGGAUGCUCA